AUGGGGCACCAAGGACAAGCACUGGGUGAAAAAAGAAGAUUCGUGGAAUUGGUUUUUCUAGUAUACCUGCAAAUAUUGAUGGGUACCCAGCCAAGUUCUGCCAACAAAGUAUGUGGAAAGCAGGGUUUUCUGAACCGGAUCGUAGGAGGGAAAGAUUCCCAAAAUGGAGAAUGGCCUUGGCAGGUCAGCAUCAAGCUGAAUGGGCAACACCACUGCGGAGGCUCCCUCAUCACCAAUCAGUGGGUUCUCACAGCCUCACAUUGUUUUAAAUUGGUUGAUUCGCCUUCCAAAUUCACAGUCAUGCUUGGAGCACUGAAACUCUCAAAUCCAGGUCCUCAUUCCAUCACGACUGGUGUGAGACACAUUGUCCUCAAUCCUGAAUAUGAAGGAGGAGAUAUGAGAAGCGGAGACAUUGCCCUGGUACAACUGGACCAGCCAGUGGAAUUCUCCAACUGGAUCACCCCCAUCUGUGUCCCUGAUGCCAAUGUCAACUUCCAGCCAGGACUCAAGUGUUGGGUCACAGGAUGGGGGGAUGUACAAGGCAGAGAAAGGUACCUCACAUCUGAUACACUACAAAAGCUGGAGGUUCCCAUCAUCAGCACAAAUACCUGCAAUGUCCUCUACCACCAAGGCUCCGGGGAACCCAAAAGCAAAAAAGAUAUUAAAAUGGACAUGUUAUGUGCUGGUUUUGCUGCUGGACGACAAGAUGCCUGUCAGGGUGAUUCUGGAGGUCCUCUGGCCUGCCAGAUCGGAGAGUCCUGGCUCCUUGCUGGUGUGGUGAGCUGGGGAGAAGGCUGUGCACAGAAGAAUCGUCCUGGUGUUUAUGCUCGUGUCACCUCCUACCAGCCAUGGAUCCACAGUGUGAUACCAGAGUUGAGAUUCACAAGCACCAAGGGCCACUGGACAACAGUGAACAACAAAAGCGCCACCAACAGUGCCUCAACUGGCAGUUUUAGCCUUCUCUUUGCUCUUGCAGCCACUGUAGGUUUGCUAUUAUCUUCCAAGUAG